AAGCAAACUUCUUAACCUGAAGCACUAUUUCUGGGUUAGCAGAGUGUGUAACCUUAAGCGUAUGUAACCUGAGGUACCACUGUAUUGCUAACACACUUGGGGUGAGUAGCUUAAUAUUCAGACCUCAGCUCUCCACUAUUGACCCUCAGUCUUCUCAAAUCUUUGCCUCACACCAGCGGCGUAGCGUGGGUUGUCAGCACCCGGGGCAAGGCAAGUGGAUUUGCGCCCCCUAACCUGUGGAUUUGCGCCCCCUAACCCAUGGAUUUGCCCUAACCCCAGAUGUUGCGCCCGGUGCGGCCGGCCCCCCCUGCACCCCCCACGCUACGCCACUGCCUCACACUUCCCCCAUCAACUGACUUUCCCAACCGACUUUCCGAACUGACGUUUGUUUUCCGCAACUGACAAUUAACUACCCUUUAUUCACCAACCAGAACUUCCAGCUAAUCAGAGCCUGCCAUUCCCUUGACCAAUCAAAAUGGAGUUCUCUGAUCCAGGCCCCUAUAAAUACUCAAAGCAGCACUAUUCCUCUUGCAGAAUCUGUUGCCAAGUUGCCACUGUCAAACAGGUCUGAAACAUAUAAAGAGUUCAAGGCUUUGGACUUUGAGGGUGUUACUCUACAUCAACGGAGGCCGCAGAAACAUUUUUUAAAAAAAAACAAAGGGCAAAGAAUGUACAGGUUUGAAACCAAAGGCGGUGAAAAGGAAUUUCUCUGUGCCUUUUGACAGAGGUGCCAGGAAUAUCUUUGGUUUAUACCAUGACCUCAACAGCCUUCCUGGCUCUCGUGCUUGGAGUCAGUUUCUUCAUCAUCUACACUGUCCACAUCUACAAAACUGAUACCCAGAUUCUCAUCUUCAGAGGUAUCACAAUGAGCCAUGCAUCAAAUCAGAUCAAUCACUUUGCUGGUGACAUUGACAGCAGGAACAGAAUUUUGCCCAUGAAAAGCGACAUCCUGAUGAAUAUGAGGAUAGAGUGGGAAAAGAACGACAAAGAAGUAAAAGACAUUCUGAGAAAGCUGAACCAGUUGAUGCCCAGUGUCACUUUCACAGAUAUAAUGACCACCACAAGUGCCAGGAACAGCAAGGCCACCAUAUUAAACCAAAAGGGUUCUUAUUGCGUUGGAGACCGCUUGAUGGUUCGGCUAGAUUUGUACAACUACUUGGGGGAGAGAAAGAAGUAUGGAGGAGACUUCUUACGAGUGAGGAUCUACUCUUCAAGUCUUGGGGCUGGAGCUUCUGGGCACAUCACAGACUAUAGGAAUGGGACGUACCUGGUCAAUUUCACUUUAUUUUGGGAGGGCGAUGUCAAAGUUUCCAUCUUGCUCAUCCACCCCAGCGAAGGAGUUUCUGCACUGUGGGCUGCGAGGAAGAGAGGCUACGACAAAAUGGAUUUCAGGGGCAAGUUUCUGAAUGGGGCCUCACACGUCUCCACUAAGUGUGGUUUUGUCAGAAGCACAACUGCGGAUCUAUGUGAGUAUCUUGAUGAACGAGACCAGGAAGCCUUCUACUGUGUGAAACCAAAGAGGGUGCCGUGUGAAGCUCUUGUGAAACUUCAGUCUGAACUAACACUCAAAUCUUACCUCACAGACUUGGAACGAAGGCUUUUUAAGAGGAACAAAGUUGGAGCUGAGAUCCUGCAUCCAUUUGUGGGCAUCCAUGUUGUAUCCUGUGGAAGGAAGAAGACAAUGGCUAACAUGAACUGCAGAGUCGGGAUGACUUCCCCAUCUCCCAGUGGCUUUGUUUGGCAGAACCAAUGGUAUCCUGCUUUCUGCAAAGUGCUCAAUGGCAGCACCUUGGAUAAUGUUUACUCUUGCUUACAGGGAAAGCAGGUUUUCCUCCUGGGAGACUCAACUGUGUGGCAAUGGAUCGAGUAUCUCUCCAAAAGAGUGAGCACGCUUUCGUACUUUGAUACCCAAGGACAGAGCAUAAUCCAGAGUUCUGUCGUUGUGGACAUGACCAAAAACAUUACAAUCCAUUGGAGAAGGCAUGGACAUCCCUUUUUAUCUUUCUUUAUGCACUCAAUGAAAUCUCACACUUACAUUGCUCGAGUGAUUGACAUGGUGGAAGGCAACAGAGACACGGUGGUUGUCAUCUCCCUGGGCCAGCACUUCCGCCCCUUCCCCAUUGAGCUCUUCGUUCGAAGGAUGGUUAACAUCCGGGGAGCCAUCCAGCGCCUUCUCCUGAGGAGCCCAGAUACAAAGGUCAUCAUCAAAGCAGAGAACACCCGGGAAAUGGACGAUGACCAGGAGCUAUAUAGCAACUUCCAUGGCUAUGCCCAAUACCUUGCAACAAAGGAUAUUUUUCGGCAUCUUAAUGUUGGUUUCAUUGAUGCCUGGGACAUGGCAAUUGCCUACAAAGCUCACCAAGGUCACCCGCCAGAAGACGUGGUCUGGAAUCAAAUUGUUAUGUUUCUAACUCAUAUUUGUUAAUACACUAAAGCACAGCUAGUGUGCAAACUUUAAUUAAACAGAGCAGCAUAUUUUGGAUCAGCAAGUAU